AUGGGCGAUUUCAACCUCGCGCUCGUCAUCGUCGCCAUUAUCCUCUGCGUCAUCGUCUUCGUCUUCAAUGUCUACCUGCUCGUCAAUUACCAGCACCCCGACGACAAGAACCAGGCCUACUUCCCCAAAUUCGUCGUCGUUUUGGGGCUCUCCGUCGCCGCGAUUUCCAUACUGAUGUUGCCGGCCGACGUGGCGAACCGUCAGGCCUGUCGCCACGCGAUAUACAAUGGAGCGUGUAAUCUCACUCUGCCAAUGAAGGAUAUGUGGCUCGCCAUCUAUAUCCUUGACGCCGUGCUUGUGUUCUUCAUCAUCCCCUUCGCUAUGUUCUACUACGAAGGAGACCAGGACAAGAGUGUUGGAAAACGGAUUAGAAGCGCGUUGUUGUGGGUGGUGGUGACUGCCAUUGUCUGCGCGCUCGUGCUUGGCAUCUUAUACGGGCUAGUUGGGAAGGUGGACUUUACUGUUAGGCAUCUCUCUUCUUCCACAACUUCCUUUCCUAGUUCAUGGAGCUUUUCUAGCAGUCAAGAAUGUAUAAGUGGCUCACAUCAGUGCUCUGCAUAUUCUGCCAGUGAUUCGUCAGAGAAAACAUGGACAAUGCGUACUACCUUUCCAGAAUACGUCGUUGCUCUUGCUACCAUUGUUGGUUCUGUGCUUUUCACUAUAUUUGGUGGUGUUGGCAUUGCCUGUCUCCCUCUGGGACUCAUAUUUUCAUUCAUCCAGCGUCCAAAGGCUGUUAUUACCCGGUCACAGUAUAUCAAGGAAGCCACUGAACUGGGUAAGAAAGCAAAAGAAUUGAAAAAAGCAGCCGAUGCACUCCAUCAAGAAGAAAGAAGUGGUUCCAAGGGUAGAAAAUGGCGUAAAAAUGUGAAGGCAGUAGAGAAGGAGUUGCUUCAAUUAGAAGAAGAUGUAAAACUUCUAGAGGAGGUGUAUCCUCAAGGAGAGAAGGCUGAGACUAGUUGGGCUAUGACUGUUCUUGGGUACUUGGCGAAGCUUGUGUUGGGAAUUUUAGGAUUGAUUGUCUCAGUGGCCUGGAUUGCUCAUAUCGUCAUCUAUCUAUUGAUCAGCCCACCGCUUUCUCCUUUUUUGAAUGAGGUUUUCAUCAAGCUGGAUGAUAUAUGGGGUCUUUUGGGAACUGUUGCAUUUGCGUUCUUCUGCUUUUACCUCCUCCUUGCAGUCAUUGCUGGGGCCAUGAUGCUUGGGAUGAAAUUAGUUUUCAUUACUAUUCAUCCAAUGAAGUGGGGAGCGACUCUUAUGAAUUCAUUUUUAUUUAACGUGGGACUUAUUCUCCUUUGCUCCAUCAGUGUGAUUCAGUUCUGCUCCACAGCAUUUGCAUACUAUGCUCAAGCAACUGCAGCCCAGGAAAUAUUUGGUCACACAUUGCAAUCUCUUCGUGGAAUAAGAUAUUUGUACAAGUACAAUGUGUUUCAAAUUGCAUUUAUUGUCCUGGCGGGUUUGACCUUCGUGUACUAUGCUGCCUUUGGAUGGAGAAGAAAAAAACCAAGUGGCAGGUUCCAACUUUCCUCGUAA